AUGACGAUUGUUGACGCAUUAGAAACAUCAAAAAAUGAUAUAUUUUCAACGUUAGAAGGUGAAGAUUUUCAACAAUGGAAAGAUUCAAUGUCAAUGGAAACUCGUAUACCAGGAGGUUUAUCAGUGGAAAAACGACAAAAAUUAUGGAUUUCAUUAGCAACUAAAUACAUUCAUGAUAUUCAUCUCGACUGGCAGAAAACUUGCGACUUUGCUUUUAAUGCAGAUACAUAUCCAGAAGAUGAACAACUAAAUAUUCAAAUUGUGAAAGAUCUUCAUCGGACUGGCUGUAAUUGGUCAUCCAAUGAAUAUAAUCGUACAUUACUUCAGCGUGUUCUACUUGCGUUCGCGCGUUAUAAUAAAACCAUUGGUUAUUGCCAAGGUCUUCAUAUAUUAGCAUCUGUAAUACUGGAUGUUGUCAAUAUGAAUGAAGAAUAUUCAUUGAUGAUACUAAUUUAUUUAAUUGAUUGUAUAUUACCGGAUUUUUUCUCUAAUAAUCUACAUGCAUUAGCUAUUGACAUGACCGUGUUUGGUCAAUGGUUAAAAAUCUACAAUCCGCAAUUACAUUUACAUUUACAAACUCUCCAAUCAUCAUCAUCAUCAUCAUCACCGUCGUUAUGUAAUGAUGAUUCCGAUGAAAAUUAUGAGCCACCUCUAUUAAAUGUUUUUACCAUUCAAUGGUUUUUAACGUUAUUUGCAACAUGUUUACCUCGACCAGCUACUCUACGUGUUUGGGAUGCAUUAAUGAUUGAAGGUAGUGAAGUAUUAUUUCGAACUGGACUUCUGCUCUGGUCGAAAUUAGGAGUAGCUGUUUCAAAAGUAUCAACAGCUGAUCAAUUUUACUCGGCUAUGGGUCAUUUGUCAGUUCAAUUACUUGAUGAGAAAAUUCUUGAUGCUGAUAAUCUUAUAAAAGGGCUAUACAAUUUCGGCCCAUUUCCAACGCCUAUGUUAUCUGAAUUACGUCAAAAGUUUACAUUUCAACAAACAUUAGAAAAUAUCAAAGUAAACCAAUCCAUUGGACAAACAAAUACUAAUCGAUCAAAAACUAAAGAUGUCAAACGAGCAAAAACAAAAUUCAUCGACGAUGAUGUUAUUAAUUUUAUUUCUUGUUUUGCAAUACUUUCAUCGUCGUCAUCACCGCUACGCAAUAAUCGAUUUGAACCCAUGUCACCAAAGACAAGUUCUCCUGACAUAAAUCAACUUCGACAACAAUAUAAAAAACUUAAACAACGAAAUCAACAAGUACAAAUUAUUACUCAAUGUUCAAAUGAGCAACGCCAGCCUACAUCAGAAUCUGUUUGUUCAAUAUCCGGUGGACCAUUGAUUAAUCAUUUACUUGUGAAGCCCGUCGGUGUCAAACGCAAUCAAAUGAAAAAACAUGUUUCUAUGAAAUCAUCAUUGAAAGAAGAAACCGAAGAUAUCCAACAGGAAUUCGAGCAAUUACUGACAUGUCUCAAACUUGAAAAGGCUUCGAUUCCGCAAAACGAAACAACAUCGAAUACUCUAAUUGAUCAACUUGUAAAAUCUCGAUCAUCACAAGCACCAAAAUAUUCAUCUUUCAAUCCAUUUCCUUCGCGUUCAUUCAAUGAAAAUGUUGCUGCAAAUGGAUAUAAACUUGGAUUAUAUUCCCCUGUUGUGACAAGCCGAUAA